AUGCAGAACGUGGUCAUUCCUCCAGGAAAGGAAGGUGCCGAAAAGACAGCAAGAUCUAUUUUUGUCGGGAACAUACCUUAUGAGGCAACCGAAGAAAAGUUGGUUGAGCUGUUUUCUAAGGCUGGGCCUGUUGUCAGUUUUCGGUUGGUUUAUGACAGGGAGUCUGGUAAGCCCAAGGGAUAUGGGUUCUGUGAGUAUGCCAACCCCGCGAUUGCCUCUAGUGCGUUACGAAACCUGCACAAUAUUGAAUUCAAUGGUCGUCCUUUGAGGAUCGGUCCUGCCGCAGGUGAACAAAACUCUGCUGAAAUCGCACUUACUAACCCAUCUGUCGGACCUCCUUUGGAAAAUCCCUACGGAAAUCCCGUGGAUCCGGCGAAAGCCCCGGAAGCGAUCAGUCGGGCAGUAGCUAGUCUUCCUCCCGAACAGAUGUAUGAACUCAUGAAGCAGAUGAAACUGUGCAUUCAGAAUAAUCCCAACGAGGCCAGAAAUAUGCUUCUCCAAAAUCCUCAGCUGGCAUACGCCUUGCUUCAGGCGCAGAUUGUGAUGAAAAUAGUUGAUCCAAAGGUAGCAAUUGCUAUGCUCAAUCGGACCCACGACCAGAUUCCUCCACUAAGACCUGAUACCUCGGUUCUAACACCAUCACAGUCCCAGAUACCCCCCGAUGUUAUCGCAAGCAGCAAUGCCGAUGUCGGUGCACCGCCACAGCAGCAAUUUGCAUCCGCGCCAAUUAAUGGUGGUCAGUUUGGCAACCAGCCUGGCAAUUUUGCCCACGACUUUCCUCCAUCCAUUCCGCAAGAACAAAUGGCAUCUGCGAUGGACGUGGUUGGUUUCAAGUCGCAAACAAGACUCAGAAAUGGGUAUCCUCUUGACAUGAUCUUGGUGUAUGAUCCCCUUUCCAUAGCAGGUGCUCCAGGAAUGUACACUGGAUUCCAGCCUCCUCCACCUCCUCCUCCCCCACCGCAACAACAAUCCGCGCCGUUUCAACACCUUCAGCAGCAGCAGCAGCACCUUCAUCGCCCCCACCAGCCAGGUGGUACCCCACCACAGCCCGUGCCGCCCGGACUGCAACCUGCCACUGGGCUGCCCCAAGCCCCCUUUCCCAUGGGAGGACUCCAGGGGGGUGUGCCUCCCCCUCCACCCAUACCUCCCACCGGCAUCCCCUCUCUCGAUCAGAUGAAUCCUGCAAUUUCGGCGGCGAUGAUGGGCGGAGGCGGCGGUGGCAGCAGCGGCGGUAUGGCUGUGCCAGGCCUGCCUCAGAAGGAGCAAGAGAAACUCGACCUGAUUAUGCAGGUUCUUUCGCUCUCGGAGGAAUCGAUCGCCAUGCUCCCCGAAGACCAACAGCGGAGCAUUCGCAUCUUGAAAGAACAGGUGCGAAAGACGGGUGUGUUUUAG